CGUCCAGGGUUUUAGCCGCCGCCGCCGCCGCCGCCGCCCCCGCCCCCCGCAGAGAGAAGCGAGCGACAGCGAGGUCGACGCCAUGGUGCAGCGCCUGACGUACCGGAAGCGGCACAGCUACGCCACCAAGUCUAACCAGACCAGGGUUGUCAAAACCCCAGGAGGGAGGCUUGUGUACCAGUACACGAAGAAGAGGGCGAGCGGGCCGAAAUGUCCGGUCACCGGCAAGAAGAUCCAGGGGAUACCUCAUCUAAGGCCUACUGAGUACAAAAGGUCCAGAUUAUCCAGGAACAGGAGAACAGUGAACCGUCCUUAUGGUGGUGUUCUAUCUGGUCAGGCUGUUCGGGAGAGGAUCAUCCGUGCUUUCCUUGUGGAAGAGCAAAAGAUUGUGAAGAAGGUUCUGAAGAUCCAGAAGACCAAGGAGAAGCAGCCAUCAAAGUGAAAUGGCUGAGGCUUUUUUUUGGAGGACAGAUGGUGAUGAGUGUUCAGUCAAAAGCCUGCGUAGUAUGCUAAGCUCGUGGUUACUGAAUUAAACUAGAGAUUUCCGUCCAUUUUCUUGUUCCGAGGGUGGAUCUGGAUCUCAUUACCCGUAUGCUAUUACUUUGUGUUUGACGGUUUGACCUGAGUACUUGGUUAUAUUACAGUUUUGGAUACCCUUUGCAA